AUGUCUGUAUUAUUCCCUGAUAAUCCAGGAACGAGCCUUGGCGAUGCGAAAUUCUCGAAUUUUACCCGAGAAAUACCACAAGAGUCUCCGGAAUGGAUAAUGAAUAUUUUUCCGAAUAACUCAUUUCUUGACGGCGAAACGCAUACCGUUAUUAAAGGAUUCUGCCGUGAUGCACUGUUGUACGAACUUCCUAUCCUAGGGUACGUUCAUCUAGUUUUUAUUUUGUUCGGCAUUAAACAUGAGUUUUUUUGA